AAUAUUCCCUUCCCGUCUGCGAGCGCUAUUGACUGGUCAGCACGAGCGAUCGCCGUAUUGCAAACUUCAUCCGAGAUGGGGAAAAUGCAGGUUUUGGGUGUAGUUGCAGUGAUAUUAGCAGUCUACUGUGUAAAUGCAAAGAUUUAUUUUCGGGAGGAGUUUCUGGACGGUGAUGAAUGGAGAAGUCGCUGGGUGAACUCCAAACACAAGUCUGACUAUGGAGAGUGGAAACUAACGGCUGGCAACUUCUAUGGAGAUGCUGACAAGGACAAGGGUUUGCAGACGAGCCAGGACGCUCGCUUCUAUGCCACCUCUGCCCGCUUCGACCCGUUCAGCAAUGAGGGCAAACCACUGGUCAUUCAGUUCACAGUGAAGCAUGAACAAAAGAUUGAUUGUGGUGGUGGCUAUGUAAAGGUCUUCCCUUCUGACUUGGAUCAGACCGAUAUGCAUGGAGAGUCCUCGUACUACGUUAUGUUUGGCCCUGAUAUCUGUGGCUACAGCACCAAGAAGGUUCACGUCAUCUUCAACUACAAGGGCAAGAAUCAUCUCAUCAAGAAAGAAAUAAAAUGCAAGGAUGAUGAGCUGAGCCACUUGUACACACUCAUCCUGAAUCCAGAUCAGACCUAUGAGGUGAAAAUUGACAACGAGAAGGUAGAAUCUGGCAGUCUGGAGGAUGACUGGGACUUCCUCCCCCCUAAGAAAAUUAAGGACCCUGAAGCAAAGAAGCCAGAGGACUGGGAUGACCGUGCUAAGAUUGAUGAUGCUGAUGACACUAAGCCUGAGGACUGGGACAAACCUGAAAACAUUCCAGACCCUGAUGCUAAAAAGCCAGAGGAUUGGGAUGAGGAUAUGGAUGGAGAGUGGGAGCCACCCAUGAUUCCCAACCCAGAAUAUAAGGGAGAAUGGAAACCCAAACAAAUUGACAACCCCGACUACAAAGGAGUGUGGGUGCAUCCUGAGAUUGACAAUCCUGAAUACAGCGCUGAUCCGAACAUCUACAAGUUUGAUAAAAUUGGUGUUCUAGGCCUUGAUCUCUGGCAGGUAAAAUCUGGAACCAUCUUUGACAACUUCCUGAUAACAGAUGACAUCAAGGAAGCAGAAGACAUUGGAAAAGAGACAUGGGGUGUGACAAAGGAACCAGAGAAGAAAAUGAAACAGGAGCAAGAUGAAGUGAAACGAAAAGAGGAGGAGGAGAAGAGUAAAGAACAAGACGCUGAAGCUGAGGAUGAUGAUGAACAUUUGGAUGAGGAGGCGGAAGAAGAAGAUGAGGAUGAAACGAAUGAUUUAGAGGAUGCACUUUCAGAAAUGGAUGAUGAGGAAGCAAAGGCUAAAGAUGAGCUUUGAGGAGGUGUAGAAACUGUCCUGUAAUUCCCAGGGGUACUGUGGCUGCUGUGCAUCCUUUGCCUGAUAUCUGGAAACAAUUUAGCUUGGUUUUUUGAGAGGGGCAAAUGUAGCGAAUGGGGGCUGGUUCGAGUUAGUGAACUUUGUCUUUCGUUUUGUUAUUCAUGUUACCUUGUUGACCCAAAUGCGAAGCUGAUUCUAAAGUCUUCAACAAAUAGCAAAGUUUGUUCGUCAGUUUUAAUAACUACAUAAGGAGGCAUUGACAUAUAAUGUUUUCUUGAUUUUCUGACUCUGCAUAUCUUUAUUCGGGGAUAUUCCUGCACAGUUGCUCACGUGCUUGACUGUUUUCAUUUUUGACCUCAAACUGUGCCAUCUGCAGAGAACGAUUAGCCAUUCAGAUUUUAAGCAUCGUUAAUCAAGGGGUAACUUCUGUUUCAGUCUAGUGGAAAAAAAACGUGUGCAUAACUUAAGAUAAUACAAAGAUAAUAAGGGAUAAAUGUCAAAGUUAAAUAAAGCCUGUAAUGUAAAUUAUUUUGAUUAUGUCUUUGGCACUGAAUUUAUUGUCUAUUCUCACUGAGACAAUAAGAUGUUAAGACAUAAAUGAAUUAUCUAAUGCACAUGAAAUUGUUCUUUUUAAAAAAAAUUUCCUUGACAAUGGUAUAAUUCAAAAAAUUCAACAUGUCUUUACAUGCAUUACAUGCUGAAUACCUGAAGAAAUUUCUAAUGAUUGUCUAGUUUGACUCAUGACUUCAUCAAGGCAGAAUAUUGGACAGAAUGUUAUUGAUACCAAAGUUUUUAUUAAAAGAUUAUAAUGUGA